GCAGAAAGAAUCAGAAAGAAACUCAGUCAUCACAGCAGCUUUCUGUGCAUCAUGUCGAUCUUGAAACAGUUGUUGCUUCUUUUAUCCGUGGUACCGAUGGCGCUGAGUUACCCUUUCUUCCCACCAACCUGCUACUCCAAGGCUCUCAGCAUGGCACAGGAGCUCACUCAGAUGGCAGCUGAUUUGAAGAUCGGCUAUGAAACCGGUCACUGUAUGGCCCAUAUGCCAGAACUCUACCUUGAUAUACAUAAUGCCUGUGUGAUGUACAAAAUGAGAGACUACAUCUCUCUGGUGGAAGACCUGAGACGGCGGCGCUGCGGAUACACCAGAGAAGUGAGGAAGCUGGAAGUCACUCUGCGGCAGCUCUUCAUCAUCAUGGGAGAGAAAUGCCAUGGGGACCUGGUGUUUACCGUCUAUGACUGUGCUGCGCUGGAGCGUCCAAACAAUCGAUACUGAAAGUCCACCAUUCUUGUCUGUCCAAAGUCCAAAGGGAGCUUAAAGAAGUGGAAAAGUCAAAGUUUUAUGUAUUUUUUUUUUUUACAAUGUAUUACAUUACACAACACAUGAUCUUUUUAAGGAAUUUUUAUAAAACUGUGUGGAUUUUACAUAAAAAGUGUAACAUUUUUUAAGUGUCACAAUAUAACAUAAAGCUAACAAAGUCAAUUUAAAUGUUCUUUUUGCAGUGCCUUGCAAAAGUAUCAGUAUCCUUUACACUUUUUUUUUUUGCAUUUUGUCACUUGCAACAUCUAACCUCAAUGCAUAGUUUUCAAUAUGUUUUAUUCACAAUGAAAAUCAAAAAAUUGCAUUUACAUCCAGCAUUUCUCUGAUCUUCUGUUCAAUAACUGAACUUCAGUUCCAUCAGUUAGUGUACAUCAGUUUUCAUCUCAUUUAUUUGAUAUUUAUUUGUUUCAAGGACAGCCCCUUGGGAUGCAGCAUCUCUUUUUCAUCUCUGUCUCUUUUAUUGAGACAUGAUGGUAUAUAGUAGGUCUGAAUGGAUCUGUAGGGUCAUUGUUCUGCUUAAAAGCACAUGUUUUCUCUCAGGAAUGCCCAUAAUUUAGUUCACAUUAACGCUGACCACCUGCUGAAGAAAACAUUUACACAAUGUGAUGCAGCCAUUAUCAUGUUGGACUCUGUCCAGGGUUGUUUGGAUCUCCC